AUGCAAACGAUCGAUGUUGCCCCAACAGCCCCUGGCAAUGAUGCCAUUUCGCGAAUCGAGAUGGCUCCAUCAAACACCCAGCCGGGAACGGGCUACCAUAUUCAUCCCACCAUGGUAGAUGGCCUGUUGCAGCUCUUGAGUUGCGCUGCCAUCAAUGGUCUGGACCGUAAGGCAAAGCUAUGGCUUCCCACAAGCAUCGAAAAUCUCACCAUGAAGAGAUGCUCAGAGGCGAUCACAGCUCAUGUAUCCGGCGACAUCACUAGCAAUGGCUCGAUCCAUGGACAUGGCACUUUCACCUCCAAUGGGAAAAUCUUUCUGCAGGCUUCUGGCAUCCAUUUGGCUCUUGGCAAUGGUUCCGAGUCCAACAGCAUUUCAGAUACGCACGCCGCGGCUCGAUACACUUGGGGACCAGACAUUGACUUCAUUGACAUCGGUGUUCUGGGAAAGACUCCAGUCGAUCGAGGCUCAGAGAUAGCUCUCUUGGACCAUCUCACCACCCUCUGCCUGGGCUGCUCUCAACCUGAUGGGUCCAUGUCUCGGCCUCCGUCGACCCAUCUCAAGUCAUAUGCCCAGUGGAUCAGCAAGCAAGUAAGAACUGGGACGAGCGGUACUUCAACGCCCACAGACCAGGAUAUAGUUCUCCAGAGUUUGGAAGAGUGGGCUAAGCGCCUUUCUUGUAAGCCCGCCGCCGCCGCGGUGGCGGCGCUUCAGGAUGUCUUCUCCAAUCUACCCGCUAUCUUGCGUGGUGACUACGUGUCCAGCGAAGGCCUACAUGAAAGCAUUCUAGCUGACCUGUCGCGGUUCACCAACUCAUUCGACACUUCCUCCCUUGUGAAGCAUGUCUGCCACUCCAAGCCCAACCUGCGUGUUCUUGAGAUUGGCCAGGACGCCCCCAGACCGUCGUCUCUUAUUACCGAAAGUCUGUUGCUAUCUAAUGGGGAGGUUUUGUGCUCUCAGUACACCUUCACCACUAAGAGUUAUACCUCUACCACAGACCAGGACACACCAUUCCCAGCCAUGGAGUUCCUUACAUUAGACAUAAACAAUGAUCUCGAAGAAGAGGGAUUUAAUGAUCGCCAGUACGAUCUCAUCGUAUUCCCCAAUGUGGUAGGCUCCGCAAGCAUCUCGCCGUCCGUUUUACAGAAUAUCAAAAAUCUCCUAGCACCUGAGGGACGAUUAGUGUUGCAGGUUAUCAACACUGAUUCUGUCUGGGCAAGAUAUGUAUUCGGCUCCCAGCCUUCAUGGUGGCUUGGCUCACCUUCAGAUGACGACCACCCGCAAGGCGGCCACCUUGAUGCGUUACAACGAAGCCUCUCUUCUUCUGGUCUCGGCAGGGUUGAUUGCGUUGCCGAAGAUGGAAUUUCGACUACAGUUAUCGCCAGGCCAACAGAGAAGAAGAUUCUAGCAAAGAAGGUUUCCGUAUUGUAUACUGACCCCGACGAGGUUGAGGGGCGAGAUGACCCAAUCGUACUCCAACUAGAGGGCGCCGGGUACCAACUCACGAAGUCGUCUUUGAGCAAUCCCAACUUACCCCCCGGGCAAGACGUAAUUUGUCUUCUUGAUCGAGCUGGCCCCUUUUUUGAGACAUUACUCGCUGAUCAACUGGAAAUGCUCCGAAUGCUCGUAACCAAGUUGGAGGGCGCAGAUCUUUUCUGGGUGACAGAACACUGUCAGAUGGGCGUGAAAGAUCCAAGAUAUGCUCCUGUGAUUGGCUUUGCGAGAACCAUGCGUACGGAGAUGCUUGUCGAUUUUGCAACCUGCGAGAUCGAGGACUGGGUAAGGGAUGUUCCUUUGCUGGUCGAAGUUUUCCAGAAGUUCCAGAGCCGUAAUCAAGCAGAAGACGAUUUCAAACCCGAGCUUGAGUUUUCCAUCAAGGAAAGCCAAGUCCAUAUUGGACGCUACUACCCGUUCAGUCUGCCAAUCGAAUCAUCAUCCUUGUCCGGCUCCGAGAACUAUAUUCUUGACGUUGAGACUCCUGGAAGGAUCACAAGUCUCCAGUUUGAGCCUUCUCCCCGCACCGCACCUGCCGAGGGAGAAAUCGAGUUUGAGGUUGCCGCUACUGGCCUGAAUUUCAGAGUAAGUCUUCCCCCCUUCGCCCCCAUGAUACCAGACUAUGGUUUCCAUGUUUAUAUUAACGCUAUUCUCCAGGAUGUUCUCAUCGCUAUGAACAUUGUCGAACUCCAGGUUCGAAGGUUUGGGCCAGAAGCCUCGGGAAUCGUCACCAGAGUCGGCCCAGGGGUGACGGGGUUCAAGGUUGGGGACCGCAUCGUCGCCUCGGUUUUCGCAGGGUUCAAAAAAUAUGUCUGUGUUCCUGCGUUUGGCUGUGUCCAACUACCUGAUUCUAUCGAUUUUAUCGAGGCUUCGUCUCUGCUUAUUCCAUAUAUCACGGCGAUCUACUCUCUGAUCAACAUUGGAAGACUCGCCGAAGGCCAAUACAGAGCACUGAUCAAAACUCAGUCGAUUCUUAUUCACAGUGCCUGCGGUGGUGUUGGUCUUGCCGCUCUGAUGAUUGCUCAAAUGCUCAAAGCCGAUAUCUACACCUCCGUGGGCAGCGAGGAGAAGGUCCAGUACUUGCACAAGGAGUUCGGCCUACCCCUCAACCGCAUCCUUCAUUCCCGAGAUGACUCCUUUGUCGCAGAUGUGAUGCGAGAGACAAAUGGCCGAGGGGUCGAUCUGGUCCUAAACUCUCUCUCGGGCGAGCUUCUACAUGCCACAUGGAACUGCGUGGCCGCUUUUGGCACCAUGGUAGAAAUUGGAAAGCGAGAUUUGAUCGGUAACGGCAAGCUAGACAUGCGUCCCUUCCUGGCCAACCGCAACUACUCCUGUGUUGAUAUUGAUCACUUUUGGCAGAAGCCCGCACUUCUUAAGCAUCUUGUUACCUCGACUAUCAAAUAUCGCCAUGAGGGACACAUUCGCGCUAUGCCAGUUAAGCUGUUCCCUGCUAGCGAGGUCCGGGAAGCGUUCCGCUACAUGCAAAAAGGACACCACAUCGGACGUGUCUCAGUUGCCAUGCGUGACGAUCUGGUCGACGAAAAGUUCACCAUCGAAGUGGUCCCCCGUCCCUUGAAGACUACCUUCAAUGGCUCGGCGUCGUACCUCCUCGUCGGCGGUCUAGGUGGCCUCGGCCGAGCUGUUUCGCGUUGGAUGGUAGAACAAGGCGCUCGCGAGCUCAUCUACCUCUCUCGAAGCGCACAGAAGACCGGGGACACCUCGGUCUUUGUUGAAGAGCUGCAGGCCGCCGGGUGCCAUGUCCAGCUUGUCGCUGGUGAUGUGACCAAGCCAGAGGACGUCGUUAGAGCAGUUACAGCUGCGUCGCAGCCCCUUAAGGGUAUAAUCCAGCUCUCCAUGGUGCUUCACGAUGAAAACUUCGAGAGCAUGACAAUUGACGACUGGAACGCGGCAGUUGCUCCCAAGGUCAAGGGUACAUGGAACCUGCACAACGCAACCAAGGAUAAGAGUCUUGACUUCUUCCUUCUUUUCAGUUCUAUAUCCGGAGCCGUCGGUCAGCCUGGUCAGGCGAACUAUGCAAGUGCAAACACCUUCCUCGACGCUUUUGUACAGUACCGAGAGUCGUUGGGUCUAGUUGCCUCAGUUAUCGACAUUGGUGCCGUGGCCGAUAUCGGUGUCAUCACCCAGACCCGCGGCCUCAUGAGCAAGAUGAAGUCAACGGGCUUCAAGGGCGUUGAAGAGCAAGAGCUUCUCGACGCCAUUGACCUAGCCAUCGCUCAGGGAUGCACCCGAACGCAGGAGAAGGAUUCUCACUUAAGUCUAAGCUGGUCUAACCAGAGCACUUUCAUUCUCGGGCUUGGCUCGGACACGCCCCUGAAGAGUUCCAGCAACCGAACAGUGUGGCGAAACGACAGACGCAUGGCGAUAUAUCACAACAAGAGCGGUACUUCUGGCCUAUCAGAUGCUACAACAUCCUCGAACCAAGCCCUUAAGGCGGCUAUCGCAGGCGCCCUUGCUGACUCUUCAACUCUCAAAUCAACGGAUUUUGGGGAGUACCUUGCAACGGAGAUUGGCAAGAAGCUAUUUGAUCUCCUACUCAAGCCAUACGAUGACCUUAACACGGCAAGGCCCUUGGUAGAUCUCGGUCUUGACUCGCUCGUGGCUAUCGAGUUGAGGGCAUGGUGGAAGCAGAUGUUUGGGUUUGACAUCAGCGUUCUUGAGAUGCUGGGCAUGGGAUCUCUACAUGCUUUGGGACAACGUGCCGUUGACGGAUUGGCGGAAUCCGCAGGUGGCGCAGAAUAG